AUGGGCGAAAGCUCAGCCCAUCUUCACCCGAAGCGAGGGAGGGUGUCUCGCGGACUGCGUCAAGCUGAACUUCGUAGUAACGCUAAACGGCUGCAGUACAGCGAGAUUCAGCCGUCAUCUUCUGGGCCUCGAUCUAAUACCAUUUUUUUUGCCAAAAAACCCUCCUGCUCAGACGUCUGCAUCGGCGUGACCUGCUCAAACAACGGCGUCUGUUCCGGAGCCAGGGGCUAUCCGACUUGCAAUUGCCGUGGCAACUACGGGGGUAGUCGAUGCGAGACAGGUCCCGGGGCCGUAGGCUGUUGCAACUUGCAAGGAGGGCUCGUCAAGACGCCGUCAGAACAGCCUCAACUUGCGGAAGGGACAUGGCUUUCACGGCAAGCAAAGCCUCUGUUAGCUCACACAAAAUGGACCUCACGUGGCCAUGGUAACCGCAGGGGCGCGACGUUCUGGCGAAGAUGA